AUGGUUGAGUUCUUGAAGAACAAGGUCGACCCAACACCGCUUGGAUAUUCUCCACCGCCGUUCCCAUCCCUCUACUGGCCCUUCCCCGUCAGCGGCGAGCAGACCGCAUAUCUCUACGAUGGCCACUCCAUGUGGCGCUUCACACUCUUCUGGACCCUCAUCUGCGUCGUGGGCGUGCACAUGGCGGCAGCUGGCUAUGCCUGUGUGAUUCAGUAUCGAAAUUGGAAGGUCAUCUGGGUGGUGCCCAUCAUCUACCUGGUUAUUGGCGGCAUCGAAGCCCUUAUCGCUGGCAACGUCGUGGGUGGUCUGUAA